AUGGGCCCUGUAUCUUCUUCACGACCGUGGCAAGAAAUUGCAGCCGCGAAGCAAGCUGAGCAAUUGUCCCGAAUCCCCUCUGAGUGGAGGCUUUCGGAUGAAACCCUCAAAGAUGCCGCAAAUACUGUCGAUCUAAGACCGAUCGCAACGUCUAGUGGCAUACUUUCCCUUAGAGAGCUUAAGAUUACCGGAACCUACGACGCAAUGGAGCUCGGUGCCGAAAUUGCAAAGGGCACAUAUACUGCUGUUGAAGUUACAACCGCAUAUUGCAAGAGAGCGGCCAUUGCGCAACAGCUCCUGAGCUGCCUGACCGAGAUCCGAUUUCUAGAAGCCAUCGAGGAUGCUAAGGAGUUGGAUGAAGAGUUUGUAAGGACAGGGAAACCGGUCGGCCGCUUGCACGGGGUGCCGAUGACCUGCAAGGAAUGCUUCCAUCUGAAAGGGUUUGAUUCGAGCAAUGCCUAUAUAUCCCGAUGCUUUGAUCCUGCAGCCUACGAUUCAUACUUAAUUCAACUGCUUAAAGCCGAAGGCGCAGUGUUCAUUGCGAAAUCCAACAUCCCCCAGAGCAUGUUGGCCGCAGAGGCACAUAACAAUGUUUUUGGCCAAACCAAAAAUCCUGUGGUCUCUCAUCUCAAUUGUGGUGGAAGCAGUGGCGGAGAGGGUUCAGUAUUAGCAUAUAAUGGCAGUGCAUUGGGCAUAGGCACCGAUGUCGCCGGUUCUAUCAGAUGUCCAUGUGCAGCAAAUGGCGUCUAUGGAAUGAAGCCUUCUUACGGAAUAUUUCCCAUGAUCUUCUAUGCGGCAUCUAACUGGCCAGGAAUGAAUACUGGCAUCCCGGCUGUCUGUGGACCCAUGGGAAAAUCAGUGAGAGAUUUGAGCCUCUUUUACCGAAUUGUCCGUGACGCAAAACCAUGGCUAUACGACCCUGCACUCGUACCGCAGAGGUUCGAAUGCCAAACUAUGGAUAGACGCCCAGUGAUAGGAGUCUUUGCACAAAGUGGCGGGUGCACACCGCMCCCUCCAGUUCGCCGCGCCAUCGAGGAAGCCACUACAAAGUUGAAGGAGGCCGGUUUUGAAAUUAGGGAAUUCGUUCCUCCAAACUUUGCCGAAAUUCGUGACUUGUCGCACGAGUUGCUCUCCCUUGAUGGACUAUCCUACGCCAAAGGAGAGAUGGAGAAAGCCGGCGAMCCGCCGGUUCCCUCCGUACUCACGUCUGGUUUCKGGGACAAGCCGCGAAAAACUUUCGAAGAAGCAUGGGCUUUGAAUGCAAGAAAAAUGCAACUCCAAAAGACGAUGCUUGAUGCGUGGCAGGAGGCGAAGGUCGAUAUUGUCUUGGGCCCAGCGGGUGCACACACCGCAGUCAAACCUAACGAAUGGAUCAAUUACAUGUAUACUGUAGCAUGGAAUGCGUAUCCCGCCAUUAUCGUUCCAUUCACAACCGUUACCCCCGAAAAAGAUCCAAAGGACAUGUCUUUUAACCCCCAAUCUGCACUAGACGCGCAAAAUGAAGCCCUGUCUCCAGCGACAACAUCAUCUGCUGUCAACACCACGGUGUGCAAUGGACAAACAUAUGUCUAUGAAGAGCUGGCCGGCUACGGCUACCUAGCCAGCGAUUUCAGGGAUCGUUAUGGCGACAGCGUCAGUCUUGGAUCUUCCAUUGCUAUUGAUAAGAGUACCUGGUCUCAAAAAGGAAACGUCUACGAAGGCGUUAUGUACGCUUUACCGGAUCGCGGCUGGAACACCAACGGCACCCUCAACUUCCAAGGUCGUAUCUACAAAUUGUGGUUAACGCUUACCCUGGAUGAGAAGGCAACAGUUGAAAAGCCUUCGGGGCCAAAUUUAGAUAUCAAGUAUCUAGAUAGCAUUCUGCUGCGCGAUAUCUAUGGCCAGUAUAUGACCGGCCUGGACGCGGACGCCGAUGGUCCUUAUUUGUCCUAUCCAGAAAUUUUCCCUUUCCCACGAUUUCCGGAGGUCCCAUCGGCAAGGUAUUCUGGCAAUGGUUUUGGUGGUGCUGGUGCUGGUGGCUUUCACUUGUCCCUUGAUUCCGAAGGUCUGGCGCUUGGGGUAGAUGGCACAUUCUGGGUUAGCGACGAAUAUGCACCUUAUAUCUAUCAGUUCUCCGCAGACGGACUUCUCUUGCAGGCUAUCAAGCCUCCUGCCGCAUUUGUGCCAAUGCGCAACAACUCCGUCAGUUUCAGUGCCGACUCCCCGCCAAUUUAUGAUCCAGACCUUGAAAUCAUUCCUUCUGAUAACCCAACAGGAAGAGAUAACAACCAGGGUUUCGAGGGUCUUACCAUCUCGAGCGAUGGUACCAAACUCUUUGCUCUCACCCAGUCUGCACUUAACCAGGACGGUGGCACUAAAAAGAAGCAAAGACGUUACGCUCGCCUCGUAGAGUACGAUCUCACUUGGACCAAGAUUAAUCCUACUUAUGUUGCUGAGUUCGUUGUCCCAUUGCCGCUCUACGACGACAACGCACAGGUUGCUGCCCAAUCUGAGAUCCACUACAUUUCGGACACCCAGUUCCUUAUACUUGCUCGUGACAAGAAUGCUGGCCACGGACAAGAUUCUUCUGAGAGUGUUUACAGAAAUGCCGACGUCUUUGAUAUUUCUGCGGCUACUAACAUCAAGUCCGAUAUCUACGAUGCGUAUAACGGGACAAUUUCACCAAGCGGGGUUUUGAACUCAGAUAUCACGCCAGCUCAAUACUGUACUUGGCUAGACUUCAAUGUCAACAGCCAACUGAACCGUUUUGGUGUGCACAACGGAGGUGAUCAGAACUCGACUCUCUUGAACGAGAAAUGGGAGAGUCUCGCCUUGCUCCCAGUGGAUCUUAACGGCAAGAAUGAGAAGAACGAGUAUUUCAUGUUCUCAUUCAGUGAUAACGAUUUUAUUACACAGAAUGGGUACAUGAACUUCGGGCGCUACCGCUAUGCUGAUGCCAGCGGCUACAACUUGGACAACCAGGCGUUGGUCUUCAAGGUCCAGCUGCCAAGCGGUGCAAAACCUCUUGUCUAG